UGCCACGAAUACAAAGUAUAACAAAUAUUUAGUUUUUAUUAAUAUCUUUAAUUUAUCUUUAAUAAACAUUAAAAAAUAUUAUCUUGUGGUUGUUGACAUAUUUUUGUUUAUUAUAUAAAAUAUAUUGCAAAAAUAAAACAUGACAAAAGUAUCGUGAGGGCAGUGAUUUAAACCGUCUGCUGGGGAUUUGGGUUUACGAGCACAAAACAUUGAAUUAUGAGCUCGGAUCAGCAGUUCUGUCUGCGGUGGCACAACUACCAAAGCAGCCUUCUGGCAUCCCUACCACAGUUUCUUGAUGGAGAUGAUCUUACUGAUGUUACUUUAUCUGCCGGAGGCCGGAGUUUACGGGCUCACAGGGUGGUUCUGUCAGCGUGCAGUUUGUACUUCAAAGACUUAUUUAAGGCGAUGCAGCCCGUGCAGCACCCGGUCAUCAUCCUGCCGGGGGCCAGCUUCACGGACCUGUGCGCCCUGGUGACCUUCAUGUACAGCGGGGAGGUGAACAUCUACCAGGAGCAGCUGCCGGGACUGCUGGGCAUGGCCGACGCCAUGCAGAUCAGAGGGCUGGCCGAGAUGUCGGGAAGGUUCAAUAACAAUGAGCAUGCAAGUGUGCCUAAGAAAGAGUCGGUGCCUUCAAGCAAGAGAACCAAAAUCACCCCCGCUGCGAACUUCCAGAACUUGAGGCCCGACAGCGACAGUGUUUCAAACAGCAAGCCACCGCAGACAGAACCCAUUGAUCUUCACAGCCACUUCUCCAAGUCCCCACUGACAGGUUUGGACGCGUACGCAGGAAGCGAAUUGAGCAAGCCGCUGAAGAGAUUCAGCUCGGAGCUGAGCUACGCCGGCGUGAUGCACCACAACGGCGGGCCGGAAGCCUGCACGGACAGGAGCAGGAGCAAGUGCGCCGAGGGCACGGACGAGCAGGCCAAGAUAAAGGUGGAGAGGAGCAACUCGACGGGGGAGCCGCGGAUGUCCCCCGAGCUGGCGGGAGCCCUGAAAGCUGGCACCAGGCGGGACGAAGACGACGCUGAGAUGACCGAGAGCAAAGUCGGGCAAGGCGAGCUGUCGCCCGCAUCGGAGGACUCGAUGGGCGGCAUGUGCGGGCUGGAGGCCAUGGCUGAGCGCAUCCAGGGCGCGGCCGGCUACCUGAAGCUGAGCCCCCCGCGCGGCGCCCACGGCAAGCUGUUCGCCACCUGCCUGGUGUGCGGCAAGCAGCUCUCCAACCAGUACAACCUGCGCGUGCACAUGGAGACCCACCAGAACCUGAACUACGCCUGCCGCGCCUGCAGCCACGUGUCGCGCUCCCGUGACGCCCUGCGCAAGCACGUGUCGUACCGCCACCCGGGCGACGCCGCGCCCCGGAGGGGCAGGCCAUGAGGCCGCCUUCCAGUCAGCGGCGCGCCGGCUUUCGCAGCCAGCUCCGACAGUUCUGUUGGCGGGCGAGCCGUUCCUGUGCAGCUGCGGUGGUGGUGCGUGCCAUCUUCGAGGGCCCGACCUUCCGGUCAGCCGCGUGCUGGCGAUUUAGUUUAAUAUUACGCAUUGGUGGUGGCAUGUCGUUGUGUUGUUCAUGAAUCAACCACAAUUCGGUCAAAUUCUUGUGGUCAAGAGAGUAUUCGUAGGAAAAUAGUAAUGGUUCCUUUGGAGUUUGGACCAAAAGCAAAAGUUUGGGUUAUCGUGUAUUGAAGGUAUGUAUUCAGGUAAAUGCAUACCUGUACAUGAUGAUGAUUUUGAUAGAAACUUUCUUGCUCUGUUUGAUCCUUUCAGCUGCUUUUUUUUCCACCUCAAAAAAUGUGCCGAAAUGAAAUUUCGUUUCGGAACUUACGAUUUGUCCUGGAGUCCUUUAAAACAGGUGGCACCUUUUGAACAAAAUUUUAUUGGGGAAGAGAUGGAAAACGUAAAAACAUAAGCUGAAUAUUAAAUUUUAAGGUGUUGACAAUGGUUGAUUCACUAGUUGCAGUUUCAGGAAGUUGUGGUUGUGCGUGGUUCGUACUGUUGCGAUUUUCUUUUCAUGCCGACAGACCAGCACCCGGACACCUGUUGUUUCGGGAUUGUUAUUUUAUUUGCGUGGUUUUUGCCCGGUGAAGAGUUGGUCAGUUGUUUUUUUUUUCCAUGUACAUAGCAGUAUCACCUAGUCUCCUUGAUCUCCAUUGCAUGGAGGGACCUAUAUUGUUACUCAUUUGUGUUUGUUACUUUUAAUGCUUGUGGAAAGGGUUAUUACGCUGGGUUCCUCACUUCACGUAUGCUGUGUUUUAUAGAUGGUACAAAGUUGUAGCAGCUUGAAUGUACAAAGACUGCAAAAUCGUAUGAGAAAAGAAGCCUUUACAUCACCAAUUUUGUUUGUUCACUAAACAAAAUUGUCAAACCAAAAAAAAAUUUACCUUUUGUAGUCAUGUAUUGGGCAUUAUUGACAUUAUUGAAAGUUUGAUUUUAUUUACCCCAAAUUAGUUUUAUUUAAGACGUAGUGUUUGUUGUGUAAUGUAUUCUGAUGGCCAGUUUUCUUGUUGACUUUCAAAUUGUAUGUGCCUUCGCUGGAAGAAAGGCAGCCUAAUCAUUUUGCCCAAGGCAGUUGUGCGUGGUCGUAUGUAAAUAUUUGUGGUACGUAGUACAAGUUAUAUCUUUAAGCUUACUGGCAGUUUUGUGCCAUUGAAUUUGUCAAAUUUGAAUUAUGUAAGUGUUGAAAUAUAUUUAUUUUUUAUUCUUGUUAUGUAAUAAGUGCCUUUGGACUAGUAUAAGUUUGCCAUUUUUGUGAGUUGCAGCACAGCAGUUCAUUUUUUAACUUGACACAUGGAAUUUGGCUGGUUUAUGUUAAGGAAUUACAUAAUUGUAGCAGUUUCAUUACAGCCCCUCAUUAUCAGCAGAUUAGGUUUGACUGAUACUACAGGGUGUAGUUUUUUUCUUUAAAUAAUUUCAGUAUGCUAUGCAGUUGCAUAUGGAUCUUUUUUGCCACAGCUAGUGUGUGUGAUUGCAUUCGGUUACUAGAUUCACAUCUAAUGUGAAAUUUUCUCUCCAGCAAAACUUAUGCAAAUUUUUAUAAUUAUUAAUUAUUUAUUUCCAAAAUGUGGUCACUUUUUUAAUAUUUUCUUCUCCCCUCCCCUUUCUUAAGAUUGUUUAAUCCUACAUAUUUCUUGUGGAAUAAUUAUAUUUUUGUUGGUAGACUAUUAUUAUUAUUAUCAUCAUCAUCAUCAUCAUCAUUUAUUGGUUAUAUAAAAUUUUUUUCUGGGUUGAAUUUGUUAUCGAUAUUGCAGACUUUCUAUUUCACUCCUUUUUUACAGCAUAGAAAUACUGCUAAGAUUUUGCUGAAUUGAAUGUUCAAAGGAUAAAAGCAAAACUUUUUUUUUGUAUUUCUUAUAGCUCAGCUCAGAGUUAGAAGACAAUUUUUAAGAAAUAAUACAUUUUACAAAAUGUAGACAAACGUGAAUAAUGUUUAUGAAAAAUUUUAUUUUGUUUUAAUUAUUUUAGUGUUAGUUAAUGCUGACCUUGAACUCUUAAGUUUUAUUUAUUUUUUCUCCUUUAUAAUUGUUGAAAUGGGUCCUAUAAAUGAAUUACCUAAGUAGGAGGUUUGUGCACUAACAGCUUUAUGUUGUUUUCUCAAAGUGAUUCCAUUUUAGAUGGGCAAGACAGACAUGCUGCUACAAUAAUGCCUAUGAUGAAAGUAACAUUUGUAUGAGUCCACCAUUUACAUAGAAAAUUCAGAAGCAAGUGCAAUGAUUAAGUAUUAUCAAUUUACAACACAUAUUUUACUAAUGUAGGGAACAAACUAGUCCAUCCUUAAUGUAUAUAUAGCAGUUAAUUUAUCCAAAUUAAUAAACUUUUCUGGGGUUAAGACUUGUAACAUAAUCCUACAAAAUAAAUAAAUUAUUCAGAGUUCAAACUAAUGUACUACAAAGUCAAAAUAAUUUCAAAGUGCACAGUUGUCUUAUGCAUUUUAGUUAGUUUAAUGUAAAAAUAUACUAGUCAACACUACUAGUACUACUUAGUACUUUUUGUGGCAUGUAGGAAGUAUUAAGUAUUUAGAUUUAAUUUUUAAAGGCAUGCCAAAGUAAAAUUUGUUAUAUUUUUUGAUAUCUGUUAUAAUACAUUUUGAUUAUGACGAGUAAAGGGUGAAUACACACACACACUGGCUGUUGUAAUGACAAAUAUAUUUUGAAUAGAGAUGAACAAGUGAAAUUUUUACUAAUUAAACUGCAUUGUAUUGAAUUGUCAACACUUUUAGUAAAGUAUUAUUGUAGAAGUUAAUUUUUAGUUGAUGUUAGCACUGUUCUGUGAUGACAUAAGAUGCCAUAUUAUAUUAUCAUGUAGCAUAAUUAUCAUUAAGAUCAGUACAAACAUGAAGUAGGAAUGAAAAUUUUUUUGAUGUAUCCACUUGUAAUUAAUGAGAGAGUUGAGUUUGUUGGAAUGUAUUUCACUAUUAUUUAAAGCCGAUAUCUAGAGACCUGAAAAAUUUGCGGGUUCAUUUUGUGUUAUGCUAAAAUGCAAAUAAUUAUACCUUAGUGCGGCUUCUGCCAUUGGUUCACUGUUAAUCUGGAGGACUGAGGGCCAAUUAGAGACCCUCACUCAUAAAAGUGUCGAAUCACAGGUUACCCAGCAGCCAAUGUACAGUUGGCAUUUGCCCUAGUGUGUAGAGGAUAUUGGAGUCCAUCCUGAAGUUCAUUGAACCCGCGAAUUUUUCCUGUCUCUACCGAUAUCCUUGCAGACGUGGAGAGCGUCGGAAAUGAACUGCUUGCUGCAGCGCUGAUAGUACCUGCUGUGUCACUUUCAUCGGGAGUGUGAAAGGUUCGACAGCCGUGGAGCAAGAGGUGUUUGGUGCUCUCCGUCUGACUUGCUAGCAGCCAAAGAGACCCGAGUUCCCGUCGGGUGUUCCCUUCCUGCAGCACCGGUCACCACGGCACCUGCGUCGAGGUAGCGUUCGCACCAAAGCUAGGUUCACCGUACCAAAUAGGACAUUAGUACAAAUAUUUAACCGGAUCCAAAUCCACAGAUGUGAUUGUCCCGACGUAGCGACCGGGAGGGAGGCAUGUUUUCCACUCGGUAGCACCAGAAGGAGAGGUUGGCGUCUCGGCCCGCAGAGUGGAGGGGUUUCGCGAGGCGCGGAUGUGGGAGUGCACUUGCGAAACAUUGCCCCGAGCUUUUUAUUUUGCAAAGUGCUUUCCGUUGCGCGACCGUUCAGUAUCUGCAGUUGGAGUGGAAAUACAAACACGUUGACUUCGUUGUGGUGGUAUUAUUAGUUACGUAUGUAUGAGAUAAUUCACUGUUGCUCUUACAUAUUGUGUUUUGAACAUAAUUAUAAAAUAAAUGUAAAUCAAAACUAAGUUAAUUAUUAAUUGGCAAUUGUUAAAACUAUUAUACUUAACAUGAAAAUUAUCCAUGGUUCUGGUUUUUUUUUUUUUUUAUGUUUGAGAAAGCACAUUAUGAUACUGAUGUUUUGAGAAAUUCACUAGAUAGUUGGUCAUUAGCCACUGCACUUCUCAAGCACAAAGUCAUCAGUUUUUUUUAACUUGGUUAUUUAAACAGUUCUGUUGCUUCAUUGAUAUUUAUCACCACAUCCCCAAAAAUUAUUCUCAAUAUUUAACACAAAAACAUUGGUUUCAGUGCAUAAUAAUAAGUUUUACUAUAAAGUUAAAACUAUCAUUUGUGCCAUGACGAUGCUUUUUCAUCCAUCGCCUUUGUAUCACUGUGGCUCUUCAAAGACUGCUAUACAAAUAACAAUCUGCAAACUGUCUGUGCUAGAUACAGAGCUCGACUUUUUUUAGUUUGAGUUUCCUAUUUAUUGAAACCUUUUUCUUUCUAUAAACACACAUCCUAUUAUGGAAAAAAAAAUUUAUGCUAUGAACUGAAAGUACAGUUUUUUCUCCUGUUCUGAGUUACGAACCCAUUUGGAUUUAGUUUGAACAGAGAAGGCAGAAAUUUACAGAAUUUCAUAAUGAAAAAUCACAACAUUGAUUAAAAGUGAUAAGUUGGAGAUUGUGUGUUACUGGCCAUUUCCAACACAGUUAUUACUUAAUGAAGCAUGGAAAGUAAAAAAGAAAAUCACGCGACCUAUUUUGAUAGCGGAUAAAUUUAAUUUGCUGAGACCAACCUUUAUCUAAAAAUUUUCAAAAUAACUUACAGUAAAAUUUUUAAAUGGGUAAAAAUUAUUUUUAAAAUACUCCAAAUUAGAAAUUUCAAUAAGUUUAUUUAAAACUGGGAGCUUUUGAUAGCACUUAUACUGUUUAAAACAUUAUGUGAUUACAGUUUUCACUAUUUUUUUUUAACUUAAUUUCUUUUUCAAAUCAUUAAUGAAAAAAAAAUAAUUACAUGCAGUUAGCAAUCUUUCAUUAAAUAUCUAUUUAAUUCACAAUACAUUUUUGGCCUGUAUUUAGAAGUGACAUCAGUUUAAUAGCUUCUAUACUGGUGAUAAAAAAAUGAUUUAAGCAAAACAAUUUGAUGUAAACAAAAAUAAUACUAAUUCUUUGGCUAAAUUAAGUUUUAUCAAGAGUAUUUCAUGAGAUCAUGACCGUUAUGAAACAUUACUUCGAUUGAAGACUACAUCAGUAAGUGGCAAAGUUUGAGAACUGAUAAGGAAGAAAUUUUUUGAAAGUAUGAUAGUGAAUGAAAUAUAAAUAAAUCAUCAUUAUGGUAAUGCUAUCUGGUACUUGCAUUUUUUUUGUCGUAUUGUAUUGAGCUUAUUAUAUUAAGAGUUAGAAAUAUCUUAAAAAUUGUUUAUAACUGUACCAAAACAAUGAGUUUGUAGUUGCGGGUAAAUUUUUUUUAUAGUUAUUUGUGUUGCAAGGGUACUCAUAGAAGCUCUUAGAAAUAGGACUUCCAAGAUCAUAUUGGAAGCCAAACCAUUUGGGUACCAACUCAAAGCUCUGGUUGGGCACCCUGUUGCUCAUAAUAUUUAUCUUACAAAUUGUACUGUUGUUGGAUUAGGGAAAUUAGGGGGAUUGGAUCAAUAAGAACAUUCAUGAGCUUCUGGAUCCACUACUGACCUCCAGCACUUUAGUUUUUACAGCUGAAAUGAGUUAGAUAUAUACAUAAUAUUUUGACUAAAUGUACAGUAAUGCUUUCUACUCCACCUGCGUAUAUUGAAUGGUUUAUUGAUUUUUGUUUGUGUGCUAAAAAUCCUUUUUUCUUAAAUAGUGAAGUUUCUUUUAGUUUUGUGUGUGUUGCAUGUUUUAAAGUGUUUGCAUAUUAAAUUGUUUUGUUUCACAUGUUUUAAUUUAGUUUUAGUCAUUUGCAUGGGCAUUACAUAUCACCAUUUUAUGUUGCAACAUAUUUAUCACAUAAGGCUGAUAAUCAGUCAAGUUACCAAAUUGGUUUGAAUUUUUCCUCUCACCUUAUGUUUGCUGUGUAGAUAUAUAUUUUUUUUUUUUUUGCAAUUGCAUAUGUUUCUUUGAUCAACUUUCUUAGUCAUGAUGGUGGGCUGGAACUUGAAAUCGAUGUGAUUAGUAAAUGGUUUGAAAACAUGUUUUUGUUUUGUAUGUGUAUGUUGGCAGCAGUAGUGACAACUGAGUAAAGUCCUCCUGUCCUGAGGCUUUGAAAGUUGGUUCACAAUGUUAGUUCAACAUAAAGUCACCCCACUGAACGUGGUUUGGGGUGGAGUGUACCUAGUCUUAAUUUUCGUAACUGCUGUACAUAUUUUGAAGUUAAUGUAAUUGUAUCGUAGUUUGUCUCCUGUGGACACUUGCACAGCAUAUUCAGCACAGGUAUCCCAUCCGCCAACAAAAAUCCUUUGAAGAGUGUGCGUUUUGAUUUGAGGAUGUUGUGUGGAAUUUUACUCCUGGUGUUAAUUUUGACUAAGUAUCAGUAAUCACUAUGUACCUAAAAGAUGUGCACUUACCUAAAUUUUUAUUGUAUAUGGCUUAUUGUGCUUAUCUCUUGGCAUAUUUAAAUACUGAAACAAAUUUUAAAAUAAGAGUCAAAGUUUAUAUGUUCACUCUUUAUAUAUGUCUACUUUUACUUGUGUGUAUUUAAAUAAUAUAUAUCUUCCCAAAGGUAGCUUUAAACACUUGUGAUAUAACUGAUUUAUUAGGCCUUUAGUUUCAUUGUGGGACUUAACAGUAAUACAGUUCACUUUACAAUGUAAAUCAACACAAUUUAAUAUAAAAAUAUAAUUGUUUAAUAAUAAUCGCAGGAAAAUAAUGACAUGCAGCUGAGAAUAUAAGUGCUCUUUAUCAUACCUAGUUUGUCAUAUUGAAUGUUGAGUUUUUGUUUGUCCUUUUAGUUUGGUGACUGAAGUAAUUUUGCUCUUGAUAAAUAUGUCA